AUGACCAGCCUGUACUUCAUGGGCCCGCUUGGUAAGGGUUCCUGGCAUGAGUGGGAGCGCGACCAUGUUUUCUCCCUUCUUGGUAUGGUUUGGUACAGCACAAGCCGCUCGGAAUCCUCGAACGCAAAUUUUCAGCGGUGGAAAAGGGUGGAAAAGCUUGUUAGAGAGUACGCUGCUCGCUACCUCAACAAGACCACGUUCAGAAACUACUGGCUCCAAUCGGCGUACAUGCUUCGAAACCCUUUGGUUCGUGUGCAUGUCGUGUUCACGGCAAGGCUCGGGGAGCUGUUGUUCGACUGGGCGAACAAUUGGAUUCGUGGCAAGGGCGGGUUCUUUCUGAAGGGCGAAGGGGUCGGUCGGCGGCUGUUUCCUGGGAUGCGUUUGGUGGAGGUUGCUGAUUGCUCUCGCCUGCUGCUGCUCAAGUUGGAAACUAUCCGCAAGGAUCCCAAGACGUACUUCGCGGCGGUCCUAGAACGCGUUCGAACUACCCUAUCUGAACCGAUGGCAACCGUACUCACAGCUGCUGCUGCAGCUGUGUGA